AUGGUCUCUCAAAUUUCUGUAAACUCAUUCUAUGUCGAGAGGUAUUCUUCUGAUUUUUAUAAAGUUCCCAAUACAAUUUCCCUGGGGGCCCUGCGCAUGAACAUCCAGCAACGUAUCAAGCAGAAAUUUCAGCAUGAAUGGUAUGAAGACCAAGUCCACUCUGAUCCUACGUCAAUUAUCUUAUCUUCAAACACACAUGGCUCCACCUUACUAGAAAACAAUGCUACAAUCCUUGGCGAUCUAUGUGGACCGAUGGACUGCAUACAUGCAAUCGUUCCUUCACAACAGCUUGACAGUUCCAAAGCUCCCUUGCAGCAUGUGGCAUUGACGCCCAAUAGCAUGAGCAGUCCUGACUACGACAGGACUCAGGAGCUCCUAUUGCUAAUAUGUACACUCGACCAGAAUUUGACAGAAGUGAGGCGAGCACGAGAGGAGGAUAGGCGAGCACAAUCAGUGCAAGACGAUGAACUCACCACAUUGAAGGCAUCAAUGGAUGCUAUCGUUCAAAACCAGCAACAAGUAUCUGAAGAAAUGAGGGUAUGGAACCGCGACUGUGCAGAUGACAUCCGUCAGCAGAAGAUGAUACAGCAAAACUUGAAGGACAACCAGGAGCAUUUAAGCCACCUUCAGGAAGCUCAUGCCCACAAUGAGCGAUUGGAGAGUUCGAUCGAAAGCUCAAAGAAACAGUGUGAGGUGCAGAUGAAGGUGAUACACGAGGAGGCAGAGGUGAAGUUGAAGGACGUAGAAGCAAAGUGCAAGGAUGUGGAGGCGAUGCACGAGGCGGGGAAGAGGCAGUGGGAGGUAGAGAAGAAGGCAUGGGAGGUGGAGAGGUCGUCAAUGGCUGAUCGUAUCGAAGAGGUUGAGGAUAUGACCAUUGCAACUGUUGGUUGGGUUUGUGGCACGGCACCAACCAUGCUACACAAUCUAUUUUGUGAACGCUUGCAAACAGCGCAGCGACUUUUGAACAGAACGGACACCCAGCUCGACAGUGCUACUGUUCAAUUCAUGGCUGAUGCGAAAGGGAUGGAUCUCGCCAUCCAAAAGUCAUCUGCAAUUCGAGAAACGGGUGACCUCGUGGCCCACCCGAAGCCAGGAGCCAUUUGUCAAGAAGCAUUCAUACAAAGCAUUUCAUGCCACAAUGUUACUGAGGAGCGUGCAGGUCUUUUAGCGAUGGUUAAAUUUGUUAUGAUUGGCACAAAUUUUGUCACUUCGUUCAAAAAGGAGGUCAAAAAUGAAUAG